CGAAGGGCGAAACAGGUCAAACACAUGUGCAACGCAAGACACAAGUGUGAGAAGUCGGGAAUGCGGCGUGGACGACGCGGAACUGGUCGACCGCCGAAAGAACGUGGUGUUGGAGAACGGCAACAGGGGGGGAAGUCCACGGCGGCGCCGAAGAAGAACACCCUGUGGACUCUAGAGGAGCGGGUGCUAGUGGCGAAAAUCAGCGGCGAGGACGAUGCUCUCAUGGCUGAUGCAGAAGGUGCUCAUUCUCUCAUGACAAAGGGCAGGCGUUACGAUUGGAUAGCGGACCGCAUGAAGGAGGAGGGGUACGGACGCACAGGAGAGGAUUGCCAAAAGAAAUGGGCGGAGCUGCAGAAAAAGGUUCGGGAAAUAAGGGAUGCAUGCGAUGGAUCGGGCAAACAGCCAUACUGGGAUCUAACAACGGAGGAGAGAAAGAAAUUGAACAUCCCCAUGACUUUCGAGCGGCCGUUGUGGGAUGCGAUGGAGUGGUACCGCAUGAAGGCUGCUUUCACCAUGGACAACACAAUGGCAUCUGAGGAUUUGAGAGGGAUGGGUUCUGCAACUGCCAGCGAGGUGGGGUCAGAGGGCGGGGGAACAGAGACUUCAGGUGGCGCUCCGAAGAUUCGGAGGAUGAACUCCGGGAAAGUUCGUGGUUCCGAUGUCGGGCAAGGUGUGUUGGCGAUGGCGGCAGCUAUGGAGGACACGAGUCGAACACUGUGCGAAGGUCUGGACAGGGCUGCUGGGACGUUGGCUUCGGCUACCACAGAAGGGGCCGCUUUGAUGGCAGCACGGCUAGGCGACAUGGCAACGGAGAUCGACCACGUCGUGGGGGCAAUGCGGUAGGGGAACUCCGUUUUGGAGUUGCUCGUGGGUGUGAUGGCAGGUAGACGUGGCGGACCACCUGCCGGGGAAGAAGGGGGGGGGGGGUGACAUGAGCGGUGACAAGAAGCAGCGAAAUCACGGUUAGGCAAAGUCGGAUGGGGGGGUUGUUGGGGCUGGGGUUCCAGCGUGGCCGCGCAUGGGAGUCUGUAUUUUGGGGCAAGGCAGCAACACCCCACACGCUGCAUGGGGAUAAAACUGACCCACCGCG